AUGUUUGAAAACGGUGGCUCUCCGGUGUUCGUCUUCGUGCCAUUCAUAGCAUUCUCAGUGAUAUUCCUGCUGAUCAUUUUGCUCAAAUCAUGUGUUGUGAUGAGUCGUACUGACAUGCAACGCGGCUGGGCAACGCAACCGCGAAGGUCACGACGCACAACACAUUCACAUUCAACGGCUUCCGUCGAAAUUCAAACCAGUCAACAACCUGUUCCAUUUAUUCCUCCUCCAGGAUACUAUUCCGAAGUCAUGUCAACGGACUCUUCCGCUAUGUAUCCAAUGUACGUACCGCCGUAUGCAAUGACUAGCACACCACCUUUAUCCAUGCGGGAUCCGCGGCGAUUCCAGGGCAUACCCGGGUUGCAAGCACCCCCUCCAUAUCCGCCACCACCCAGUUAUAGCCAAAUUCAAAACUUUCCUGAAUUGCCAACAGUAAGCAAUGCUCGAUUGGACAAUCGCACUCCUUCAAGAAGCGGGAAGAAGUCUGAAAUUACCCCAGUAGAAUAA